UUUAGUUGUUUUGACAUUAUUAAUACAAAAUGUUUUAGCUAGAGAAAAAAAUAUUUAAUAAUGCGCUAUAAAAAAUUAUUUAUAUAUAUUUUGUUGUCUUCAUUAGGUGUAUUGCUUUUAUUUUAUUUAAAUCGAAAAUCGACUGAAAAUCAUUCCAAAAAUUUUAGCAAUAAAAUUCCAAUUAUACUAUGGUGGACAAGUAUUAUUCCCAAUUAUGAUAGAUCAAUGGAAUGUGGUUUCGCAUCUUGUCGAUUUACUGUGGAUAGGAGCCUUUUAAAUAAUGAAAAUACAAAGGCAAUAGCAUUUUAUGGAUCCAAUUUAAGUGUAACAGACUUACCUUUACCCCGAUCAAAAGAUCAUCUAUGGGCCUUGUACCACGAAGAAUCACCAAAAAAUGUUCCAUUUUUAUAUAGCAAAAAUAUUUUUAAACAUUUUAAUAUAACUUCAACUUUUAGUAGAUAUAGCAGUAUGCCUUUAACCGUGCAGUAUUUAAACAAUUAUGAUUCAUUAAGAACUCGAAAAUAUUUAGUUCCAAUUGGAGAAAAAAGUAAAUUACGAAAUAAAUUGGCACCAGUUGUAUUUCUACAAUCCAUUUGCGAUACAAUGUCAGGAAGGAAUGAAUAUGUUAAAGAACUUAUGAAAUAUAUUGAUGUUGAUUCAUAUGGCAAAUGUUUAAAUAAUCGAGAAAUGCCGGAUUCCUUAACGAAUGAAUAUUUACAAACGCUGAAUACGGAUGAACUUUAUACAUUUUUAGCUCGUUAUAAAUUUGUUAUAUCGUAUGAAAAUGGAGUAUGUAAUGAUUAUAUAACUGAAAAAUUUUGGAGGCCUUUGAUUAUAGGUUCAAUUCCCAUUUAUUUCGGUUCACCGACAAUCAAGGAUUGGAUGCCAAAUCCAAAAUCUGUGAUUUUAAUUGAAGAUUAUAAAAGCCCUAAGGAUUUAGCAAAUUUUCUAAAAAAAUUAGAUAAAGAUGAUAUUGAAUAUAAUCAAUAUUUAAACCAUAAAUACUCACAGGAAGAUCCAAUCUCAAAUAAUUUAUUAAAAAAAACAUUGCUUGAAAAAGAAUAUGAUACUAGCGAUGAUAUUUUCAAUUCUUUUGAAUGUUUUAUUUGUAAGAAAAUUCAUAGUUAUUUUGAAGCCAUUGCAACUUCAAAUCAUUAUGAUUGUGAAAAUGGUACAAAAUAUCCUAAAAUGAAGACUGAGUUUAAAGAAUGGAACUCCUGGGAAAGUAUUAUAAAAUCUGGAAAAUGUGAAGGAGAUGUUCUUGAUAAAUUUUUGAUAAGAAAUAAACCAUUUACGGAAAAAGAUUUUCAUUUGGAAAUAGAAAAAAUGUUUAUACAAGGACAAUGUUAAUUUUGUUUUUUUUUUAGAAUAUUAACAUUUUAAAAUUAUUUAAUUAAUAUAAAAUAUUAUACCACCAUUUAAAAUUAUUCUCAUUAUUUUUGUUAAAAAAGUUUCCAUAUUCAAAAUAUAAUUAGUAAAAUGUAUAAAGUCAUUAUUCAUUAUUUUUGUUAGAAAAAUAGAAAGUAUUUUAAUAAAAUAAAAAAAUAUGUGAUAAAAUUAGAACAUUGUAAUCAUGAUGAUUCAUUAAGGUUUUCUGUAUCAUUUAAUAUAUUCACUUUUUUCUUUUGGUUUUUUCUUUAUUUUUUGCGAU